AAAAACAUUUCGUUCCUUGUAAGAUUCAACAUUUGUGCAUUGGCAUGUCUUUACAGAAAACAAUUGCAGCGUGGAUUUAUUCAACAAAUUAGAGUAUACAUGUUGACCUAAUACACCCACCUAAAGAAACGAAUUGCAUUAUUGACAAAACGGACAGUAAUCCAACCUCCUUUUUAACGUUUAUAUUUACGAGGCAGCCUGAAUGCAUUGUCGAUCAAUUUUUGCGAGUCAACGUUUGAUGGAAGAGCUGCGGCAACUAUUUCGUAAGUAACGCAUAUGAAAAUGGUCCAGUAAGGUCGGCAUGGACAUACAAUGAGUCAAAAUAAUACCUGCCUGUGGAGCCAGCUUCCACAAGGCAUCCGUGUUCCUUGUGACCGCUACAAGCAUGCCUGCUGCAGCCAUGAUGGGAAUGUCUAUCUUCUGGGAGGAAGAGACAACAGCACUUUGAGGGACUUUUGGAGGUACAGUGUAGUGCGUAAUGAAUGGACAGAGUUGAGCUGUGUAGGUGAAGCCGCACCGGAGGAAGUAGAGGAACAUUCCAUGGUCGUUCAUAAGGGCUUUAUAUACGUGUUUGGAGGCACACUGGAUUCAGCAUACACAUCGCUGAGAUGUCCUCUCUGGGUGUUUGACAUUGCAAAGCAGAAAUGGGCUCACUGUCCGAGAAGAGCAAGUGUCCCUCAGACCCCUAUGCCAACCAACAGAAAGGGCCACAGUGCGGUGGUGAUUGGUUCAUCCAUGCUGGUGUACGGUGGCUUCAUAGAUAUAAAGGGAUCAUCUCAAGAAUUUUGGAGUUUGGAUUGUGAUACCAUGGUUUGGUCGCUCCUCACUGGUUUACAGCAGGGAUCUCUUAGCCCAGGUCCAAGACACAGUCACUCUGCAAUGGUCUACCAGAGCUGCAUGUACCUGUUUGGUGGCUUGAAAGGCUUGAGAGAGCAGAGAGAUUUCUGGAAAUGGAAUCCUGCCACUUCCACAUGGACUUUACUCAAAACCAAGUCUGGACCCUCGAAAUUAAUUGGUCACUCAGCUGUAGCCUUCAAGGACAGCAUGCUUCUCUUCGGAGGAGGAGAAAGCCUGAACUAUCCAAAGAACUGUUUAUGGAGGUACAACUUCUCCACUCAUGCAUGGCGGCAAAUUACCACCCUGCCAGGAUCAAGCCCUCCAGAUAAGAUUCACCACUGUUGUGUUGGUCUGGGUCCGAAGUACUCAGCCGACACAACCAGCAUCUGCUCAGAAACCCACCCAAAGCUGCAACAUGAGAAAUGCAAGCCUUUUCAAAACAAAUGUUUUCCCGCCCCGCUCAAUUUUCUGGGUUUAGACGGCGCUAUAGAGAUGCAAACAUUCACCUUGGAGAAAUGUCACCUUAAAACUCUUAGUAAUGCAACCGAAUCGGACAAAAGUGUCUUACUGGAAAGAAGUGCACAUCGGAGCAGAACCUGUUUAACGUUUGAAAAUAAAGCCUUCAGUAAGCACUGGAGCUGCACGGAGGAGGAGUUGCUGGAAGAAGAGGAUCAAGAUAUGUCACAACAUUUGCCUGACCUGCUACUAGUGCUAGGUGGCAGACCGUGUUUUGGGCUUAAUCCUCUCUCAGUUUGGCAAAUGACUCUUUCUGACUCUUGACAGAAUCAAGAGCAUGCAGAAUGGGGUUGAAAACAGUGUUACAGUAUUUUAUCUCGUUGCCUGUAUUGUAAUGUUGACAGAUUUUAUUUUGACAAACCUUUUACUCCAUAUUCCUUUUUGAGUUUACAUCCUGUUGUAUAUCCAGGAAAAGAGGGUAAGUUUCAUUUUCAUUAUGACACAUUUGCAUUACCUUCCUUUUGGGAGCUUAUAAAGGGAAUUGUUUGUUUGUGAAUGCAAACUGUGUAGCCAUGGAUUACUAUGUAUUGCUUUCACGCAUACAGUCCUGUGAAAAAGAAACUACAAAACCAAUUUCAAGGAAGUCGGGACAUUGUGUUAAACAUAAUAGCAUUUAUUAUUAGCUCUAUUUUUAAGCAAAUAUUUAUAAACCUUUAAUUUUAUGGCUUCAACAUGUUCCAAAAAAGCUUGGACGGGUGGCAAAAACGACUGAGAAAGUUGAGGAAUGCUCAUCAAACAUCUGUUCGGAACAUCCCGCAGGUGAACAGUCUUAACUGGGAACAGGUGGGUGCCAGUAAGAGUAGAAAAGGAGCUUCCCUGAAUUGCUCAGUCAUUCACAAGCCAAGAUGGGGGAGGUUCACUGCAUUAAAAAUUCCAUCAAUGUUUAAAGGACAUCCCCUCAUGGGCUCAGGAACACUUCAGAAAACCAAAGUCAGUAAAUACAGUUCACUGCUACAUCUGUAAGUGCAACAGAACACUCUGCUAUGCAAGGCAAAAGGCAUUUAUCAACAACACCCAGAAACGCCGCCAGCUUCUCUGGGGCUGAGCUCAUCCAAGUGCAAAGUAGAAAAGUGUACUAUAGUUUGACAAGUCCACAUUUCAAAUUGGUUGGGGAAAUUUAGGACACCGUGCCCUCUGGACCAAAGAGGAAAAAAACCAUACGGGCUGUUGUGGGCGCAACGUUUAAAAGCCAGUAUCUGGAAUGGUAUGGGCCUGUGUAUGGGCAGGGGUAACCUACAUAUCUGUGAAGGCACCAUUAAUGCUGAAAGCUACUGACAGGUUUUAGAGAAACAUAUGCUGCCAUCCAAGCAGUGUCUUUUUCAUGGGACGCCCCUGCUUAUUUCAGGAAGGUAAUGCCAAACCACAUUCUGCAGGUGUUACCACAGCAUGGCUAUGUAGUAAAAGAGUGUGGGUACUAGACUGGCCUGCCUGCAGUCCAGACCUGUCUCCCAUUGAAAAAAAUGUAUGCCGCAUGAUUAAGCGCAAAAUAUAACAAUGGAGACCCCGGAUUGUAGAACAGCUGAAGCUACACAUCAAGCAAGAAUGGGAAAGAAUUCGACCCACAAAGGUUCAGUAAUUACUGUCCUCAAUUCUCAAACCUUGAUUGAAUGUUGUGAAAAGAAAAGGUGAUGUAACACAGUGGUAAACAUGACCUUAUCCCGGAUUUUUAUGAAUGGUGAAGCCAUAAAAUUCGAAGUUAAAAGUUUAUUUGCUAAACACAAAAGUUAGCAGUUUGAACGUUAAAUAUUUUUUCUUUUGUAGCCUAUUUAAUUAAAUGUAAAUGACCAUGAUUUGCAAAUCAUUGUAUUCUAUUUUAUAUUUAACACAACCUCCCAACACCAAUUGGAAUUAUAUGGCUUUGUACAUCCACUUUCAAAAUAAGGUUAUGUAUUAGAUCCAAAUCAAGUUGGAUCAAUCCAAAUCUAAACCGUACUCAUCGGGCUUUUCUGUUUCAGUUCACUGUUCAAGCACUCAUUCACGCAACACUAUUUUGGGUUGCAUACACACAGUUCUGAUAGCUUUCUGCUGUUGGUCAGGUCAAUGUCUUUGGUCUUUGUUAUGUUGGAGCAUGUGAACAAAUAUGUAUCUCUGGUCUGGGCCUAAAAUGGAUGAAUACGUGAUAUUAAGUUGCACAUUUGUUCCUUGUUCAUGUUAAUGUUUACAUCGAUAUCAUCAGGCCAAAAUUGGCCCACUAAAGAGCAUAUGGUUGAAAUUACAACCUGCUUGGA